GGAAAAGGCUAAUUCUUGGGAGUGACUCAGAGCUAGUUCUGUUCCUUUUCUAUCACUCCUCGUAGGAUCAACACGGCAAAGGACAGCUGCUCGUGUAUUAUCUAUAUCGACUGAUCAAAACGCCACUCCAAAUUGGUGCGACAAUAUUCAACCAACUGAACCUGUGGUUUUAGUUUUGAAUAUUUUCAAGACUUCAGAUUACACGUUACCGAAAUUCACAAAGGCAAUGGGAAACCUGAAAGUUCGUAUACUCACUGGUUAUGCUUUCUGUUUCACCAAGUUAAGAAAUCUCAAGUUACUUGCUUAUUUAAGGAGCCUCAAAAGAAUCCAAUUGCAGCAUGUUUCUAUUCCGUCCCUUUGCGACUUGAAGAAUGUGACCAAGUUGUCAUUUUACAUUUGUCAAGUAAAGAAGGCUUUUGAGGAUAGUUCCAUCGAAUUCCCAUCAGCAUUGCCAAAACUGGAAGACGUGAACAUCGAGUAUUGCAAUGAUUUGGUUGGGUUGCCUUCUGGGCUCUGCUUUGUUGUCAACCUGAAGAAACUUGGCAUCAUUAGUUGCCACAAAUUUAUUGGACUACCCCAAGUUGAGAAUCUGGAAUUACUGCAGAUUAGUUACUGUGCUGACUUUGAAAAUUUGCCAGAGUCAAUCACGCAGCUGAGUCAUCUAAGAAUUCUAGGCAUCUCACACUGCGUAAUUAAGCUUGAGGAGAAUACCAGACAAAAUUGGGGAGCUGCAGAAUCUGAGAAAGCUUUACAUGACAGGUUGCUCAAUACAUGAAUUGCCAGACUCGGCCAUGAAAUUGGAGCAUUUAGAGAAGGUGAUAUGCGAUGACUGUAUAUCUCAUUAUGGGAAGUGAUCAGUUCGGGGCUACCUAACCUCAAGGCAAACAUUGCCCAGACAAACAUUACCUUGAAUUGGCUUUCGGGCUGUCCUUUAAUUAAAAUCACAGACAAAUUGCUCUAUUGGUUUUGCUUGUU